AUCCUCGAUAAAAACCAAUUCAAAAAACAAAACAACCCCUUGGUUUUCGUUGUUUUUGUUUUUUUAAUCGUCAAAAUUAUUUCUCGGCAACCCCAGCGUUACCAACCCAACCCCAAAGUCCCUAACCUUCAAACACAAAUCUCAGUUAUGUCAUCAGUAAUAAAUGGCUUUAUUAUAUUUUCGCUGAUUAUAACACUCUUCUACUUCGUCGGUCUACUAACCUUCCUCAACGACUAUGGCGAGAACAAGUGCGAAAUGACCUACAUGUUCGAAUACCCCCAAUAUGUGAAAAUCGCGCAAGAAAUCGACGAAAAGUACCCGAAGUAUGGCCUGUACGCCUACAGCGAGGGCAGCUUGACCGCCGACAGCAGAAACAUGUACUUUACCGGCAUCCCCGUGCUGUUCAUCCCCGGAAACGCGGGCUCGCAUCGACAAGCCCGGUCGCUGGCGUCGGUCGCGCUCCGGAAGGCCAAAAACGCCCGACUGCCGUUUCAUUUCGACCACUUCGGGAUCGACGUCAACAACGAGUUCAGCGGCUUGAACGGGGCGGUGCUUUUGGACCAAUUCGAGUACGCGAAUUGCUCGAUUUACAGGAUCUUGGACUUGUACAAAGAGCGCAAGAACCAACCGAAGUCUGUGAUAUUGUAUGCCCACUCUGUUGGUGGCGUCGUUGCCCGCCGUUUGGUCGAGACCCUCCCUGAAGGUUUAAUAUCCAUCGUUUUGACUCUGGCAUCCCCCCAUCGCAGAAUCCCGUUGACCCUGGACUCUUAUAUCUACGAUUUUUAUAAAGCUUUGAACGAUACUAAACCUUCAAAUACAACUUUUGUUAGUGUUACAGGGGGUAACGACGAUUUUCUGGUGCCUUCGUUUCUGACUUCUUUGACAUAUCCUGAUGCUAUCAACGUUGCAACCACUCACAUCCCGCGCACGUGGUUGUCAGCUGACCACAUUUGUAUCACGUGGUGUAAACAACUGAUUUUGGCGCUAAACAGAGCCCUCUUUGAUUCGGUAGAUCCAAAAACUAAACAAAUAUCGACAGAUCCCCAAUUUCGUAAAAACAUGUUCCGCCACCAUUUAGUUCAUCACAACGGCCUUAACCCUCUUUUACGUGACGGUUACCCCAACAGUAAAGCCAACAUUCGCAAUCACGGGGACUGGAUCGAACCCCUGGGUAGACAAUACGUCGUAAACGUACCCCCACGCAAUAGUAGCCCCAAAUUCUACAUGUUGAGGCUGCUGGAUCAGCCCCAACAUGAAGCCGCCACUGUAGUCGCUCUCAAUUUGGAGACAGUUGAUUGGGCUUUCGUGUGUGGGGCGCACAUCCCCAAUGACAAGACCCGAGUCUGUGAGGAAUUCACCCAUUUGUCGCACUUGUCUGAACUGUCACCCUCGCACCACUAUAAAAGACGCGCCCUCACUGUAAACAUGCGCGAUUUGAUGAAAACCAACCCCGAUUGGACUCACGUGGUCUUAAGGGUACUACCAACUGACGAAACUGUUAUUUUCCACGUCGAUAUUUACAACCCCUCGGAACGUCAACAAGUUGUAGAAUUACCGCACAUGUUGUCGAUGAAGCGGCAAACGCUAGUCGCUCAAACGCCAGAAAAAGCCGUUCAUUUUGAGUUGGUAGUACCGCAGUUGUACCGGGUCAUGCAGUCGUACCAACUGUUCGUCGAAUCGAUGAACUGUACGUACGAAAUGAGGCAGGCCACUGCGACGCUCAAAGUACCAUGGGGACACCAAAACCACCACAAGUUCUUCAUACAUGAUGACGAUGGACCGUUUCAUGUGAGGUUAUACGAGUCCAGACCUGAGUGGGCCUCAAAUCAGUCGGCUGUGAUCGAACUGACCCUUGACCCGAACUGUCGAUAUAAGGUUAGUAUUCGUUCUUGGUUUCCUGGAAUCAUGGGACAAAUGGCCCGACUUUAUUCCCCGCUGUUGCUCGUUAAUGUAGCAGCGGUGGUCCUAAUGACGUUGAAUGCGCAGAUGAGACAUAUGGAAGACAAUCGGGAUUGUUCGUUCUUUUUCGUGGCGCUAAAAGAGGGAGUGAAGCCGUACUAUAUACUCACGACCGUAAAACUAGUUUCUAAGUUUUUGAGCGUUAAGCCCUUCAUUAAUAAUUUCCCGGCUCCUGAUAGGCUGGUCAUGUCUCAGGAAGGCAACGAUUUUUUUUUGUUGCCACUACUGGCUUACAUUUGCAGUGUUGGUAUUGUGUGGCUCUUGGGAAUCGUCUUGUCAGUGUCUUUGAUCGUGUGUGAAACCACAGUACAUAAGUUAGCUCUAAAAUUUUUAGCAAAAACUGUCAGUUUCACGGUGAGUUGGUCGGACUACGUGAUGUCCGCUUUACACAAAGUCCCUUGUGUAGUGGCAGCGGUUUUAGUCGGUCUUAGUUUAACAACCACGGGAAGUCUAGCCCUCUGCGUCGGAACCGUUUUCUAUUUCAUGCGGUUGACCCAACACUCGCAAGACUACAUCGAAGAACUACUCUGGUACUACCUGCGAAAAAUCGGCGACAAGUUCAAACGGCCCAAACCAAAAGAGGAAAAAGAACAACCCAAGAAAGAAGAAAAACCAAGCACGAGUGAAGAAAGCAGCGACUUGGAAGACCUCCUCGAGAAGAAAGAACCCAGCAAUAAUAAUAACAAUAACACUGACGCGGAAACGUCAGCUCACGACGCCAUGUUUUUCCACAUGACCAUAUUUUUCGUAUGGUGUUUGGUGACGAUCAUCAACGUGCCGUCGGUGCUGACGUGGGCUCACAAUUUUAAGUACAGUACGACGCUCAACCCGGACCCUUCGUUCCUGCCAGGUUUGAUCAUGAGCAUUUGUGCGCUGCCGCUGUGGCAGUUCGAUUGGCCGAAAAUCGAAAGGAGGGGCUACAAGGGGAUCGGGCUGUUUAUUAACGUGUUGGCGGUGGCGAGUCUGAUUUAUGCGCCGAUUUCGAUUUUUAGGUUAAAUUAUACGCUUACUGCCGCCGUGGUGGUGGUGACUUUGCAGCAGUUGGCGGCGCCGAAUAGGGUUUUGAGUGCAGGGGCGGCUCGAGAACGACCGAACUUGUACGAAAUGAUGAAGGCCAAACUGGAGUAGAAGCAGCGAUUUUUUUGGAUUCUAGUCAUGCCAAGCUGUGCUUUUGCUUAGAAAAUUGAGCCUAGCCUGAUCGUACUAAUCUUUUUACAUGUAUACGGAUUUUUUUAUAUAUUUAUUUGUAUCGUAGACGAUAGUAUUAAAUUUGAUCUCUAGUAGAACACUUCUUGAUAUUUACAUAUCGAGUUUUUUUUUUAUUGAACAAAUAAAUGUUUUGCAGUUCUAAACUUUAAUGUAAAAUGACGUUGGUUAUGAUUGUGUAGGAGCAGGUUGACGUGGUCAGGUGCUAAGUUUGAUUGUUAGAUUGUUGAAAUUUUGACUCUGUUAUUAAUGUUGUUCUUAGUUUUUACAAUGAAACUAUGUAGUUGUGUUGUGCCGGGUAAGGGUAAGUUCGCUGUUAUUUCCAGUCACUUUGCUUUAAUUGUUUUUGAAACACAACUGAAUGUUUCACGAUGAGCAAUAAAAAAACUAAAUAAAAAUAAUUUUGUAACUGUCUA